UGACGUAACUGUUCUGACGUUCCAGACGGAGCGAGCAGUACCCAGGAAGUUAGCCACUGUUGUGUUUCUUCAGGUGUAGAUUUCCGUUUUAGUGAGAAAAAAAGACGAUAGUUCGGCGCGCCGAAAUGGCGACGUUUAUAUCUGUCCCGUUAAAAAAGUCAACAGAAGUCGAUUUAGUAAAACCACUAUCGAAAUUUAUCACAGCCACGUAUCCAGUUGGUGAGGAACAGGCAGAAUAUAUACGUGCGGUAGAGGAACUCAAUAAGCUGCGCAAAAGCGCUCUCGGAAGGCCCUUGGACAAACACGAGAGCUCCUUGGACAUACUGUUGCGGUACUAUGAUCAGCUCUGUGUUGUUGAGCCCAAAUUUCCAUUCCCAGAGCUCUGUCUCACAUUCACCUGGAAGGAUGCUUUUGAUAAAGGAUCACUGUUUGGAGGUUCUGUUAAACUUGCCUUGGCGAGUAUGGGCUAUGAGAAGACCUGCGUGCUGUUCAAUAUCGGAGCUUUAGCCAGUCAGAUUGCCUCUGAGCAGAACCUGGACAGCGACGAGGGGCUAAAGGCUGCUGCCAAGAACUAUCAGCUGGCCAGCGGUGCGUUUGCACACAUAAAAGACACUGUGUUAUCUAUGCUGUCCCGGGAGCCCACCAUGGACAUCUCCCCUGAGACUGCCAGCACCCUCAGUCAGAUCAUGCUGGCUCAGGCCCAGGAAGUCUUCUGCAUCAAAGCCACCUCUGAUAAGAUGAAGGACGCCAUUAUCGCUAAACUGGCUAACCAGGCUGCCGAUUUCUACGGUGAUGCAUUUAAGCAGUGCCAGUAUAAAGAAAAUCUCCCAAAGUAUUUUUAUUUCCAGGAGGUGCUCCCGGUCCUGGCUGCCAAACACUGCAUGAUGCAGGCCACUGCUGAACUGCACCAGGCCGCACUGGCCGAUCAGAAGAAGCGUUUUGGAGAGGAGAUUGCUCGCCUCCAACAUGCCGCUGAGCUGGUGAAAACUGUUGCAUCACGUUAUGAUGAGUAUGUGAAUGUCAAAGAUCUGUCUGAACGCGUAAACAGAGCUCUUACUGCCGCCAAGAAGGACAACGACUUCAUCUACCACGACCGUGUGCCUGAGCUAAAGGACGUUGAGCACAUCGGCAAAGCAACACUUGUCAAGGCUACCGCCAUUCAGAACCCUCUCAGCCAGAAGUUUAGCGACCUCUUUGAAAAGAUGGUCCCCAUGGCCGUGCAGCAGUCAGUGAGUGUGUCCAACCAGAGGAAGGCCGAUACGGUCAACAGACUGGUGGGCGGCCUGAGAGAGGCCACUAACCUCUGCAACGGGGUUCUGGCAUCUCUGAAUCUGCCGGCUGCCCUGGAGGACCUGUCUGGUGACUCUGUCCCUCAGUCCAUCCUGGAGAAGUCCCGUGCUGUGAUGUCUCAGGGUGGACUACAGAGUGUGGAGAUGCUGAUCAAGGAGCUGCCAGAGCUUCUCACGCGCAACAGAGAGAUUCUUGACGAGUCUCUUAAGAUGCUGGUUGAUGAGGAGGCCACAGACAACGAGUUGAGAGCCAAAUUCAACCAGCGCUGGAACAGAACACCCUCUGGCGACCUGUACAAGCCCCUGAAAACAGAGGGAGCCAACUUCAGCAGUGUGCUGGACAAGGCGGUGUCAGCUGACCAGGUGGUGCGUGAGCGCUUCAACACCCACUGUGAGAUGAUCGCUCUUCUGUGUCGCUCUGAGGCGGAGCUCAGUGCCGCCAUCCCCUCUGCUAACCCCACCAAAACACUACAGGGCAGUGAGGUGGUCAGUGUGUUGCGAUCACAGCUGGCUCAGCUGGAUGAGGUCAAGCAGGAGCGUGAGGUUCUGGAGGGAGAGAUCAAGAGCGUCACGUUUGAUCUGACUGCCUCCUUCCUGACUGCUCUGGCUCAGGAUGGCGCCAUCAACGAGGAGGCCCUGAGCGGUGGCGCGUUACACACACACUAUGGCAACCACACGGAGCGCGUGCAGAACAGCCUGCGCUCUCAGGAAGACUUGCUCGCUAAGAUACAGACCUCUCACCAGGAGUUUUCAGCACUUAAGCAGUCCACCAAUGAGGCCGACGCCAGGGACGACGUCCUGAAGAAGCUGGCCGCGGCUCACGACAGCUACACAGAGAUCUCUAGCAAUCUGAAGGAGGGCACUAAGUUUUAUAAUGACCUGACUGAGAUGUUGCUGAAGUUCCAGAAUAAGUGCAGUGACAUUGUGUUUGCACGCAAGACAGAACGAGACGAGCUCCUCAAAGAACUGCAACAGAGUAUUGCUCGUGAGCCCAGUGCCCCAUCCUUCAACGUUCCAGCCUAUCAGAGCGCUCCCAGCAGCACAAAUCCCGCCCCUGGCUCGGGCCCCACUCCAGCUCCACGGACAGUUUUUGUUCCCCCUCCGACUCAGGCUAAAGGCACCCCCCCUGCCAGACCACCACCACCCAGCAUCACUCCACAGGCUGCAGGCAGCGCUCCUCCUGGCGCUCCCCCGCCCGGCAGCAACCCUCCACCAGUGGCUCCUGCUGCUUCUCAAGCCCAAGGACCCCCAUACCCAACCUAUCAGGGAUACCCAGGGUACUACCAGAUGCCAAUGAAUUACAACCCGUACAUGUAUGGGGGUCAGUAUGGAGUAGGAGUUCCCUACAUGCCGUAUCAGACGCCACCAGCACAGGGAGGCUACCCAGCACCUCCUCCCAACCAGCAACAGCAACCUUAUCCCUACCCUCAACAGGCUGGCCAACAGCAGCCUUACUACCCUCAGCAAUAAACACUUCUACCAGUCUUUUUCCUACCCUUUAAAAUCUUCCCCCUCAUCCCUCAUGUUCUAUACCUAUACCAUGGCUUGAGUCCUAACACCCUGAGGCCUACCUUCUAACCCAAGUCCUUGUUACACAUCAGUAACUAGCAGAGCUCAAAUGACUUGACAUGGUGUUUCCUCAACACUUUGUAAACCACACCUAUGUGACUACUACCCCAAUAACUUCACCACAGACACAGUCCUACUAGCCCAGCAAUAAUUACUUUUAUGUUCUUGUACCCUUGCACUCCAUCCUGAAACUAAGCACUGCCUUUAUCUUCCUUUUACGAGUGCUCUGCACCACACACCCUAAAGAACGAGUUCCUUAAAUGGGGAGCUACCUCUGAAACACUUAUUUUUGGCUGCAUGUGAAGAACGUAAUGCUGACUGACAGUUAUUCUCCCUCAACAGAAUCCACAAACUUUAUUCUUUAAGCCCAACCACCUCCCUUCCCUUGCUCCCCCCCCUCCCUUUCACUGACGUCCAAAGUUAGAAAGGCGCUUGUUUGGGGCAUGCGUCUUAUUUUUAUAUCGAAAACUUCAGUACCACCUUAACUUGCUUGAAGGAGUAUAAUCAUAUAGGAGAGUAAGCAGUAUAUUCUAGUGGGAGUUCAUAAUUUUGUGUACAUGCUGGUCAUUGUUGGGAGGUACAGUCUCUUUAAAGUUUUCUUUAUUGCUAUUCUUUUUGUUGCUCUACAUCCAUCAUUUUAGUCAGUGCUUUUGGAGGGCUUCACUGAUGUAAUUACUUUAUUAACAAUCAACUAUGUUUGUGUUUUUAUGUUUCCACGUGGGAUUAAAAUCUGGACAUAAA